GACAGUAGGACUCUUUUCCGUUAAGCUUUGGGUAAUUAGAAUUUAGACAAACCCAACCCAACUCAGUGCUCGGCCUAACUUUAAACUAACCCGACGCGUCCGAGUCGAAUCAUCUCUCUGAUCACUUCAACUCGUCCACCCCUUCACCUCUUUCUCCGUUCUCACAAUUCAAGCACCCCAACCCUUUGUUUUGGGCAUCUUUUUUCUGAAUCUAUAAUUGAAAAUAUUGUGUAGUUGUAUUUUCUUAUUGUUGACCAGCAAAUUGGCAAGUUUGCAAUUUAAAGUUCUUCCAAACUUCUAGCAUCAUGAGUUUUGUCUUCCGAGGAACAAGAGCAGAUUUAGAAAGUGGAUUUCCAGGAUUUAUUCCUGAGCGGCGUUCCAUGCGUGUUCAUUCAGCACGCCCUGUUAAUUCCAACUCACUUGCUUUCCUUGUCACAGUUCUACUGCUAUUCAUGAUACUAAACUCGCACCAGAUGUCACCAAACUUUCUGCUAUGGCUGGUGCUUGGUGUGUUCUUGAUGGCCACAACAUUAAGGAUGUAUGCAACUUGCCAACAGCUUCAAGCUCAAGCCCAAGCUCAUGCUGCGGCUGCCAGUGGCCUUCUUGGUCAUACUGAACUGCGGUUGCAUAUGCCACCCUCCAUAUCUCUUGCAACAAGAGGGCGUUUACAGGGCCUUAGACUUCAGCUUGCACUUCUUGACAGGGAAUUUGAUGACUUGGAUUAUGAAACAUUGAGAGCACUGGAUGCUGAUAAUGUUCCAACUGCUUCAUCUAUGAGUGAGGAAGAGAUAAAUGCUCUUCCUGUGCAUAAAUACAAGGCUGCUGGUCCCCCUCAAACUGGAGCCUCGUCAACCUCAUCUUCAGCAACUGCUGAGCAGAAGCAAAACACUGCUGAUGGAGUUGGGAAGACAAAGGCCUUGGAUGAUGAAUUGACUUGCAGUGUGUGCUUGGAGCAAGUUUCUGUGGGAGAACUCAUCCGUAGCUUGCCAUGCUUGCAUCAGUUUCAUGCGAAUUGCAUUGAUCCUUGGCUACGACAACAAGGAACGUGCCCUGUUUGUAAAUUCAGAGCAGGGUCUGGGUCUGGUUCUGGGUCUGGGUGGCAUGAAAAUGGACAAGGUGAAAUGGAUGCUUCUUAUAUGGUUUAAUUUGACAAAAAGGAUGUAACCAGUGAUUUAAAAAAAAAAAAAAAAAAAGAUUAACUGCUCACAGAAUUAUUCCUGCAUAGCAGAGUGAAAAGAUAUAAUUUAUGGCUAGCAACUGAUAAUGUAACAAUCAUGACAUAGGCGUUAGGAGUGUGACAGCAAUCCUGUAUUAUUAUUAUUUUAAUCUUACUUAAAACAAAGUUAUGAUUAAUUGCAUUUUGCGUGAUCGAAACUGAACUCAAUUUUAGUCUACUACAUAUUUGAUA